UAUAAAUAUAUAUAUUCUCUAAGUGCCGCCACUGCAACGUAUCUGGCAAUAAAACCUCCCAAAAAUCUCAACGACACGUCUCUCUUUCUUUCUCUCUGACUUCAUUUUUCUCUCAGUGUGGGAUAGGAUACAUGUUUUUUCGGGUACUGUGACUAUUUAGUGGUUUGUAACGAUGGGUCAUGAAGUUCAGUAUAUAUUGGAAAGCAAAAGAAUGGUAUGGCUAGUGGCAGUCGUAUUUGCAGUGAUUAUAAUGUUCCAGUACUUUGAGUUUCCGUAUGGUGAUGUUGCCUCAUCGUUUUUUUCGACCAGUAGAGCUGAACCACCCGUAAGUGGAAGUUACCCACCUCAAGCUUCAUCUCUGUUAUCCGGGCCAUUAGGUAAUACUACCCGUUUUGAUGGAUCUAAUAUUACAACGCCUGUUGGUCUACUUGAGAAGGGUGGUCAUGCAGAAAAUGAAAAUGAUAUUCAGUUGGAAAGUAAUAGAGACGCAGGUGAUUCUAGUAUAGGAGAAAACGAUUUAGAUGCAGCCUGUCCACCACCGAUUUCAUUAGCUCCUGUAACUCCCCCAAUGGUGGUAAGUGAUAAUUUAACCAUUGAAAAUGGUAUGCAGUCAGAAACGAAUAGAGAAACAGAUGAUUCAACCUUAAAACAAAAAGAUUCAGGUGCAGCCAGUCCACCAAGUUCGUCAGUUGCUUUACCUCAACCAACGACAGUCAAUAGGACAGUAAUUUCUCCUUCAUCGGCUGUAGGUAUCAAAAGAUCUGAACCGCACAUAGAUGCACCAAAUUUGGGGCCAAAUGUCAAGGGGCUAGGGACAAUACAGAACAAUCCUGCUGUGUCACCUGGUGAGUCAUCCGUGAAGAAAAUUCCUCCAGCUAAAGAAGUUCGGAAAAUUCCAAUGGGUGACGUUGUGACAAUGUCCGAUAUGCAUGAAAUUUUACUCCAGAAUCGUGCUACAGUUCGUUCAAUGAAACCACUAUGGUUUUCAACAGUAGAUCAAGAAUUAGUAGAAGCGAAAAUGCAAAUUGAGAAUGCUCCCCUCGCUGAUCAUGACCGUGUACUUUAUCCUCCUCUAUAUCGUAACGUGUCAAAGUUUAAAAGGAGCUAUGAACUAAUGGAGAGAAUUCUCAAAGUUUACGUUUACAAAGAGGGUGAGAAACCAAUAUUCCACCAACCACAGCCAGUGCUUACUGGAAUCUAUGCAUCUGAGGGGUGGUUCAUGAAGCAUAUGAAAGAAAGCAAACAUUUUGUUACCAACGACCCAAAACAAGCCCAUUUGUUUUACCUUCCGUUUAGCUCUCGAAUGUUGGAAGAAAAGUUAUAUGUGACUGGGUCUGGUAGUCGAGACAACUUGGUUCAGCACUUAAAAGACUACCUUCACCUGAUUGCAGGGAGGUAUGAUUCCUGGAACAGGACAGGCGGGUCUGAUCAUUUCCUCGUUGCUUGUCAUGACUGGGCUACGGAUGAGACAAAAAAGUCUAUGAAUACUUGCAUACGGGCUUUAUGCAAUUCAGAUGUCAAAAGAGAAGGUUUUGAAUUAGGAAAAGACGUAUCCCUUGCUGAAACAUACGUUAGGUCAUCUCAAAACCCGUUACGUGAACUUGGAGGCAAGCCUCCUUCCAAACGCUCUAUUCUUGCCUUCUUUGCAGGCCAAAUGCAUGGCGAUGUCCGUCCAAUUCUAAUGCAACAUUGGGAAAACAAAGAUCCCGACAUGAAAAUCUUCAGGAAGCUCCCGAAAUCUAAAGGCAACAGAAAUUAUAUCAAUUACAUGAAGAGCAGCAAGUACUGUAUCUGUCCUAAAGGUUAUGAAGUCAACAGUCCUAGAGUGGUGGAGGCUAUUUUUCACGAAUGUGUUCCGGUAAUCAUAUCUGAUAACUUUGUCCCACCUUUCUUUGAGAUCUUGAAUUGGGAGUCGUUUGCAGUUUUUGUUCAGGAGAAAGAUAUUCCGAAUUUGAAGAACAUUCUUCUUUCGAUAUCAAAGAGGAGGUAUCAGGUGAUGCAACAAAGAGUUAAGAGGGUGCAACAACAUUUUCUAUGGCAUGUUAAGCCAGUGAAGUAUGAUAUCUUUCAUAUGAUCUUGCAUUCGGUUUGGUAUAAUAGAGUUUUUAGAGUAAAUCCCUUUUAGCUAGUGAGGUAAGUUAGAGUAGUUUCAUUUUAAUUGAAGCACAUUAAGCUGUUGUGAAUAGAUUUUGUCAACAUUCUUUUUGUCGAUUUUGAAUAAGAUAUCGUUUUUCUUAA